ACCGUUCAGCUGCUUUCAGCACUUGCUUUUCCACUCCCUAUCACGCGAUUUGUAAAACAAGCGUGAAACUUUCGUUUUCUGGAGAAAAGCGCGGCAAAAACUUUCGAAAAUUUGUAAGUCAAUUCGGCGAUUUAUAGUGUUAGUGAUCUACAACUUUUUAGAAAUUCAAGAAUUUUUUUUCAGUUAAGAUAUCGCCAAAAUUGCAGUAACCAAAAUGAAAAUCUGCUUAACCCUGAAAAUUAUGCUACUCUUCUUAUUGGAAAAAUCACUAAGUGCUAAAGAAUUAGUGGUGCGAAUAGCAGGUGGGCCCCUUGUAGCUGAGUUGCUAGCAAUGGAAACUGGGCAUCUUUACAAAGGACCCGUGAUUGGCUUUGAAGACACGUAUGUUUUAACAUCAAGCGAAAGCUCGCCUUUUCUACUAAACGAGAGGAAACGAAGCCAAGUCUCAAGAAGCUUAUCCGAUGACCAAAGAGUACUAUGGGCAGAUGAACAAAACUGGAAAGAACGCCAAAAAAGAGACUUUAUAACAAUCGAUCCAUCAGACAUCCCAAAAGAGCGAGUUAAGCGUGUGGAAGUCAGUCAAACUAAUCAACUGAAUUUCACCUAUCCCAUUGAAAAAGCACCCAAAAAUAACCAAACACAGAGGAAAAAUCGAAGAAAACGUUACGCUCUGUCGACAGAAGUCGAUCAAACGUUUAACGAUGAAUUGUGGAGUCAUCAAUGGUACUUGAGAGAUACAAGAACGAGACUGGAUCUUCCAAAAUUGGACUUGAACGUGGUUCCUGUAUACAAAGCUGGGAUUUCGGGAAAAGGCGUGCGAAUUACCAUUUUAGAUGACGGCAUUGAAUACACGCAUGAAGACUUAAAUCAAAACUACGAUGCAGAAAUCAGUUACAAUUGCAACGAAGAAUCAAAAGACCCACUGCCUCGAUACGAAAUCACCAAAUCGAAUAGUCACGGCACAAGAUGCGCAGGUGAAGUGGCGAUGGUGGCCGACAACAAGAAAUGCGGUGUGGGAAUUGCUUUUAACGCAAGAAUAGGCGGUGUGAAGAUGCUAGAUGGACUUGUAACAGAUAGAAUUGAAGGGACAGCUCUUGGAUAUGCGCAACAUCUGGUGGAUAUCUACAGCGCCUCAUGGGGACCGAAUGAUGAUGGUCAAACAGUAGAUGGGCCCGGCAGACUAGCAAAAGAGGCUAUUGAAAGAGGAAUUACGCAGGGAAGAGCUGGGAAAGGGUCAAUUUACGUAUGGGCGUCUGGAAACGGUGGAAGCCGGGGCGACAAUUGCAACUGCGAUGGGUAUCUGGCCAGUCCCUACACAAUCUCAAUAGGAAGUGCCUCACAAAAGGGAGAAUUCCCUUGGUAUGGAGAAGUUUGCGCUUCAACGCUGGCUGUAACCUACAGCAGCGGAGCAUAUAAGGAUCAAAUGAUUGCGACCACUGACCUGAACAAUCAAUGCACUAUUAAACAUACGGGUACCUCAGCGUCGGCACCUCUGGCUGCAGGAAUUAUUGCCUUGGCGUUAGAAGUCAAUCCAUCAUUGACGUGGAGAGAUGUACAACAUCUCAUAGUGUGGACUUCAGAAUUGGCCCCAGUUGCCGAUAAUCCAGGCUGGCAAAAAAAUGCCGCUGGAUUAUGGUUCAGUACCAAGUUCGGAUUUGGGCUUAUGAAUGCGUUUGGACUUGUCUCCGCUGCAGCAAACUGGACAACCGUUCCACAAUACCGCAAGUGCGAAGUUAGAUUCAAUGGGGGGAACAAGUCAAUAUCUUACAGAAAGCCGGUAGAGCUUGUAGUAGGGACGACAGGUUGUAGAGGUACAAAGGACCAAGUCAUAUUCCUCGAACAUGUUGAGAUCAAAACCACCAUCAACUAUACGCUUAGAGGGGCUUUGGAGGUGCAUUUGGUAUCACCCGCUGGAUCGUCUGUGCAACUUCUAGCUUCGCGAAAAUUCGACAAAAGCGCCAAAGGCUUCAAUAACUGGACUUUCAUGUCGGUGAUGACUUGGGGAGAGCUUGCAAGCGGCAUAUGGACCUUAACCAUUUCAGAUUCACAUGGCCCAGAAGGAAAUGUUGGGUAUAUUGGAGAAACAACUUUAAUUUUGAGAGGAACUGACGAACCUCCCUUUCAUAUGUUAAAUGGUCCGCGAAACUACAAUGAAGACUACAACAGGAUACACAAUCGAGUGGGAGGUGUGCAGAUUGGCAAUGAAGUGAAUGCGCUUUUCAAUUACGAUUAUAUAAAUGAUCUUAAAUAAUGUCAUAAAGAAAAUUUUUUAAUGGUUCCAAGCAAAAAAAUGUUAUCUAAAAUAAAUGGCGUUUGACUAUCGCACCAA